AUGACCACCGGCGGGAACGGGGAGGAGCAGCAGGGGCGGAGGCUGUUCGGCGUCUCGCUCACGGACAGGCCCGUGUGGCAGCAGUUCCUCAUCUGCUCCUCCGGCUUCUUCUUCGGCUACCUCGUCAAUGGCAUCUGCGAGGAAUACGUCUACAACCGGCUCCAGUUCAGCUAUGGGUGGUACUUCACGUUCGUGCAGGGCUUCGUGUACCUGGGGCUGAUCCGGCUGCAGGGGUUCACGGUGAAGCACAUGGUGAACCCGUGGCGGACCUACGUGCGCCUCUCCGCCGUGCUCAUGGGAUCCAACGGCCUCACCAAGGGCUCCCUCGCCUUCCUCAACUACCCCGCCCAGAUCAUGUUCAAGUCCACCAAGGUGUUGCCGGUGAUGAUAAUGGGAGCAUUUAUCCCAGGAUUAAGACGCAAGUACCCGUUCCAUGAGUACGUGUCAGCGGUGAUGCUCGUCAUCGGCCUCAUACUUUUCACGCUCGCGGACGCGCAAACGUCGCCUAAUUUCAGCAUGAUCGGUGUGGCCAUGGUGUCCAGUGCACUCAUCAUGGAUGCCUUCCUUGGUAACCUGCAGGAAGCCAUCUUCAAGAUGAACCCAGACACCACACAGAUGGAGAUGCUGUUCUGCUCAACUGUUGUUGGCCUGCCUUUCCUCGCUGUGCCAAUGGUGUUAACAGGGGAGCUUACGACGGCGUGGAGUGCGUGUUCUCAGCACUUGUACGUGUACGCCGUGUUGGUUUUCGAGGCGAUGGCGACGUUCGUCGGGCAGGUGUCUGUGCUGUCCCUCAUCGCGCUCUUCGGGGCCGCGACGACGGCCAUGGUAACGACGGCGAGGAAGGCGGUGACCCUGCUCCUGUCGUACCUGAUAUUCACAAAGCCCAUGACGGAGCAGCACGUCACGGGGCUCCUGCUGAUCACCAUGGGGAUCGUGCUGAGGCUCCUGCCGGAGGACAAGGAGAAGAAAGGCAUGGCCGAGCGCCAGCAGGCGAAGGCGCAGCGCGGCGAGGAGAAGCGGCGGGGAGACGGAGUAGAGGAGGAGACAUCGCCCUUGGAUCUACGAUAUGUUCCCGCAAAAAUAAGGACCUACGAUAUGCUUCUCCCCCAAUCUUCAAGUUAUUUCUCGCGAAUCCGUGCUCUUACAUCCUUCUAUUGGACUGAAAAUUAUUUCCAUGCUAAGCCCAAGGAUGGCAUUGAAGGGGGGACGCCCUACACCACAUACGUCGUCGCAUACAACCUUGGAGACUCCAUCAACAACAUGAACGACCUCCAUUCUCGAAAAAAAAACAUGAACGACCUCGCCAACUCUCUCUCAGGCAACACCGAGUACAUGGCAUCCCACAAUGAGUUCUCGAGUUUGGGCGUGCAAAAUCCCAAGCUUGGGGAGGUUGUCUUCACGUUUAUAUCAAGAUGUGGAAGCAUUUAUUUGAAUAAGUUGUAA